AUGAACGCCGCCGUGUUUGCAUCUUCUGCUUUAUCUCUUCCUAUCUCCUUCUGUAAAACUAGAUCAUCUAAACUCACUAGAAAGAAGGGACUAAAAGGAGGAUUGAGGGUUUUUGCUGUGCUUGGGGAAGAAAGUGGAUUAGUUGAGGAGAAGAAGAGUCUGUGGGGACCUCUGUUUGAUGUGGAGGAUCCGAGAUCAAAAGUUCCUCCUUAUAAAGGCAAGUUCUUGGAUGUGAAUCAAGCUCUUGAAGUUGCUAGAUUCGAUAUUCAAUAUCUUGAUUGGCGUGCUCGUCAAGAUCUUCUUACCAUCAUGCUCCUACAUGAAAAGGUCGUUGAUGUCCUUAAUCCUCUAGCUCGUGAGUACAAGUCGAUUGGUACUGUGAAGAAAGAGUUAGCUGGAUUGCAGGAAGAACUAGCGAAAGCACACCAACAGGUUCACAUAUCUGAAGCAAGGGUUUCAACUGCUUUAGAAAAGCUAGCUCACAUGGAAGAACUGGUUAAUGAUAGGUUGUUACUAGAUAAAAAUGCGACAGAAUCAGAUAAACCCUCGUCAUCAACCUCUGUCCAGGACUUAGAUAGGGAAAAGACAAACGUUGGUGCGAAAAGCUUGAAUGUUUCUGGUCCGGUCCAGCCUUAUAGUCCACACCUUAUGAAUUUCUGGUAUCCCGUUGCUUUCACUGCAGAUCUCAAGCAUGAUACAAUGGUACCAAUUGACUGCUUUGAGCAACCAUGGGUUAUCUUUCGAGGAGAAGAUGGUAGACCAGGAUGUGUACGGAACACGUGUGCUCAUAGAGCAUGUCCUCUUGAUCUUGGCACAGUGAAGGAAGGUCGUAUCCAAUGUCCUUACCACGGAUGGGAAUACUCAACUGAUGGAAAAUGUACGAAGAUGCCAUCUACAAAGCUACUUAAUGUGAAGAUAAAAUCGAUACCUUGUCUUGAACAAGACGGUAUGAUCUGGGUUUGGCCUGGCGAUGAACCGCCUUCACCCACACUUCCUUCUUUACAACCUCCAUCUGGGUUUGUAAUCCAUGCUGAGCUUGUAAUGGACCUCCCUGUGGAACACGGAUUACUUCUAGAUAAUCUCUUGGAUCUUGCGCACGCUCCAUUUACUCACACAUCUACUUUUGCAAAAGGCUGGAGUGUCCCAAGCUUGGUGAAGUUCUUAACACCAUCUUCAGGUCUUCAAGGAUACUGGGAUCCGUAUCCAAUCGAUAUGGAGUUUAAACCGCCUUGUAUCGUGUUAUCUACAAUAGGAAUCUCAAAACCAGGGAAGCUAGAAGGAAAGAGCACUAAGCAGUGUGCAACACAUCUUCAUCAACUCCAUGUUUGUUUACCUUCUUCAAGAAACAAGACAAGACUUUUAUACCGAAUGUCCCUAGACUUUGCUCCGAUAUUGAAGAAUCUUCCUUUCAUGGAACAUCUCUGGAGACACUUCGCUGAACAGGUGUUAAACGAAGAUCUAAGGUUGGUAUUAGGACAGCAAGAACGGAUGUUGAAUGGUGCAAAUAUAUGGAACUUACCUGUUGCUUAUGACAAGCUUGGAGUUCGGUAUAGACUAUGGAGAAAUGCGGUAGAUCGAGGCGAUGAUAAAUUGCCCUUCUCCGGCUAA